UUAAACUUGUUUUAUCGAUGUCACAUGACAAGGAAGUAAAUUGAUCUCAUUAUCACUAAUAGAGACCGCAAAAUAUUUACAACAAACAUCAGAUAAAGAUUACUAGGAGAAGUGAAAACUUAAAACAAGAAUAGGAUUUUUCUUUUGUUUAGACAUGGCUGUACCAGGGAAAAAGAUACCCAAAACAUUUUCAUCAUCAUCAACUAUGGGGUCUGAUGAAGACCCAAAUGUUUAUUGUCAGCCAUGCGACCGUGACGGUCCUCGACUCCCUGCCCAUGGCUAUUGUGUUGAUUGCAAGGAGCAUCUGUGCGAGACCUGCUUUGUAGUUCACAAGAGACAUACCCUUUCAAGGUAUCAUACACUUCUAGAUAAAAACAGCAUGCCACAAAGCAUUUCUUCAGUUUCUGUUCAUCCAACACAGCCUGACAACUUUACCAAAUCUUGCCCUAAACAUACAAAAGAAAUCACCAAGUUCUACUGUCAGAACCACAAAACACUACUAUGCAGUGUAUGUGUUACACUUGAACACACAGGUACAUCUUGCAAAGUCAACUACAUCCCCGAUAUUUCUGGCCAAGUCAUAAACAGUAAAGAACAUCAAGAUAUCUUGAAAGCAAUGGAUAACAUUACUGAACAAUGUCGCAAGAAAACAGAAGAUGUGAAGAAAAAUACUGCACAGUCCAACAAUUCUUUGACAGAUGUACUGGCUGAUAUAAAGAAGUUUCGGACAGAAAUAAACCAAAGACUAGAUGAACUAGAAAGACAAGCAGAAGAUGCAGCAAAGACAAUCCAAAAAGAAAAUAACAAGAACUUGAAGACAGUAGAAACAACUUGCAAUGAUGUAACAAAAUCUCUGAAGACAACAUCUGACACCAUUAAACAUCUCAACACAUCCAAACAAGCAGACAAACUUUUCAUGGAGCUGAAAUUAGCUCAGCAAAUGAUCAAAGAUUAUGAGAAAAGUGUCCACGACCUAGCAGCAUAUGAUGUCAAGGAGUACAACUUUAAAGAAAAUAAAGCAAUAUCAACCUUACUCGACAAGGAGUGUUCACUGGGUACAUUCGCAGAGAAAUCAUUAAAACAACCCAGACCUCCUCCAAGUGUUGAUAUAAAAUCCAGACAAACUUCACAUCAGGGUAAAAUCUGUGUCAGAACAUUAAAAGAUAAAGGCAUAUGCUUGAUAUCAGGUAUGAUUCUGCUUAAUCCUGAUCUACUUAUCAUCAUUGACAGUGAUAACAAUGCUGUAAAAAUGGUGGAUACCAGCAGUCAAUCUGUUACUGAUCAAUUACAGCUAGAUACUUGGCCAUGGGAUGUCACCUCAGUUACCAGUACAGAGCUUGCUGUCAGUCUUCUUAACAAACACAAUAUUCAGUUUAUAUCAGUCUCUUCAAACAAACUCAAGAAGAAACAAACUCUGAAGGUUGAUGGAGUAUGUUAUGGUAUAAGUUACUGUCAGGGGAAACUUGCUGUGUCAUUUGUUGAUCCUGCAAAACUCCAAAUUCUUGAUAUCAGUGGUACUAUACUGACAACAGUCAAGGGAGAAAAUAUUUUCAGCAGGCCACUGCAUGUUACCACUAACACUAAUUCUAUCUAUGUGUCUGACUAUGAAAAGAAAACAAUUACAAGGUUAAACUAUCAGGGUGAGGUGAUUGGUAGUUAUAGUGGUAUGGCUCAGCCUCAAGGUAUAACACUGUCAGAUGAUGGUACUGUUUUUGUGUGUGACAGGGUGAGAAAUGUUAUAGAAGAGAUAGCAGGUGACUGUUCUACAGGAAAGGUUGUGUUGAAGGACCUCAAUGCUCCCUUUGCUGUCUGUUGGUGUGCUGAAACAUGUAAACUAUACUUCAGCUGUAAUACUUUGCAACACAAUUAUGACAACUUUCUUCAAGUCUUCAAGCUCUCAUAACUAGAACAAAACUCAUCAACAGUUGAACCAAUGUAUACUGUGAAAUCAUUUAUAGUCAUGGGGGACUAAUGUCCGUUGAUUUUGUGAUUGUGUCAAUCAAUGAUACUAAGAAUAUUCCUACAUAUUCUAUCUUUAAAUGGACAUGCCUCCAAAUAAACAUCUGAUUCUUUAAAAAUAGACAGCAGUUGGUAUUAAUUACCUAAAGUGAUAACUAGGACUGUUUAAAUAGAUUUUCAAUGUGUUCAAAGUACAACAAAAUUCCUUCUAUUUUACAUUAGGUGUGAAAUAACACUUUUGAGACUUUUCUACAUGUUUUUUCUUUACUAAAAGAGUGUUUACUAACACAAUUUGUGUGCUAUUGUGCUAUUUUUUUAACCUGUCGAAUGUGCAUACAUUACACGCUCUGUGGAUUCAAUAUUAUAAUAUCUGGCCCAACUUCGGUGCUAUCCGUAUGUUUUACGGAAAGAAAUUUUGGUUAAGUGUCCAAAUUUCAUUAUUAGUAUUGAAAGUGAAACACGUACUCGUUGUUCAUAUCUGUGGCCCAAUGGUUACAGCACAUGACUCAAAUGUUGGAAAUCGUUGGUUCGAGCCCAUCAGGGAGAACAUUUUUAUUUUUCAUUUUUAAUUGUUUAUAUGAUUUAUACGACUCCGAUGACAGCAGUACUGACACCGCGAGCGAAACUGAAUGAUGAAUUUAGCUAACUGUAAUUUAUAUGUAUGAAAUUUAUAAUGUAGUGAAAUGAACUGGGAAUAAAAAUAACAAAAACAUGUAUUUAAAAUGAGAAAUUAAAAAAAAAAAACAAAAAAAAAAACAAGAUAAAAACAUAAAAAGAUACCUGUGAAAAUACAAUGAAGAGAACAUUGCAUAAAAAUGUACAUGUGUACAUGUACAAAGUGUUUCUUGAAAUUUGUGAAAGAAAAGAAAAGAAAAACAAGAGCUGUCUCCAUAGUAUGACACAUGCCCCCGAUGACACUUUGAAUGAAUAGUUAUGGCCAAUGUUAGAGUUUAGGACCUUUGACCUACGGAGCUGGGUAUUGCGCGUGACACGUCGUCUUACUGUGCCACACAUUCAUGCGUAGUUAUUUUAAAAUCCAUGCAUGAAUGACAAAGAUAUGGACCGGACACGCCCAUCAAUGCACUAUCAUGAAAAAUGACCUUUAACGUCUAAGUGUGACCUUGACCUUUGAGCUACGGACCUGGGCCUUGCACGCGACACGUCGUCUUACUGUGGUACACAUUCAUGCCAAGUUAUUUGAAAAUCCAUCCAUGGAUGACAAAGAUAUGGACCAGACUCACCCAUCAAUGCACUAUCCUUUAACGUCUAUGUGUGACCUUGACCUUUGAGCUACGGACCUGGGUCUUGCGCGCGAAACGUCGUCUUACUGAGGUUCACAUUCAUGCCAAUUUAUUUGAAAAUCCAUCCAUGGAUGACAAAGAUAUGGACUGGACACGCCCAUCAAUGCACUAUCCUUUAACGUCUAAGUGUGACCUCGACCUUUGAGCUACGGACCUGGGUCUUGCGCACAACACGUCGUCUUACUGUGGUACAAAUUCAUGCCAAGUUAUUUGAAAAUCCAUCCAUGGAUGACAAAGAUAUGGACCGGACACCCCCAUCAAUGCACUAUCCUUUAACGUCUAAGUGUGACCUUGACCUUUGAGCUACAGACCUGGGUCUUGCGCGCAACACGUCGUCUUACUGUGGUACAUAUUCAUGCCAAGUUAUUUGAAAAUCCAUCCAUCGAUGACAAAGAUAUGGACCGGACACGAAAAUUGCGAACAGACAGACUGACAGACCGACAGACUGACAGACGGUUCAAAAACUAUAUGCCUCCCUUUGGGGGCAUAAAAAACAGACUCUGAAUGGUUUCGAUCUUAAAAUCUCCAGGUUUCAAGCUAUUGACGAUGACCACUUAGCUAUCGUGACUUGCGUACAUCUGUAUGCUUGCUUUAAAUAUAAACCAUUUUAAUUCCUGGUUACUUUCCUUAUACUAUACGGAAUAUUCCGAAAAUCAACCGAAGAAAAAAACUAUUCUGUGCACCGCCCAUGUAAUCAAUAUGCAUUUGACAGUUCAAUAAAAUACAGUUGAAUAUCGUUACAUCGAUAUCGGUUAGCUCGAUACUCCAGUUAGCACGAUGUGUUUUAGUCGGUCCCUAUUUUUCCCUAUACAUUCUAAUGUAAUUUUUUAUCAUUACCUCGAUAUGAUUAGCUCGAUAUUUUGUUUAGCUCGAUGAGAUUUUUCAGUCCUGUCAACUUACCUGUAAUGUUUUUACACCUGGUUUCGUCGAUAUCACAGUGUGUCAAAAAAUAUCCAUGUUAUUUGUAAGGUGUGAAAAUCAAACUAUUGUUGUCCGGCAAUGUAUUUAUCAUAAUCAAGUUAGUGUGUUUGUUAUUUAAUCUUUAAUCCAAUUAAAAUGUUAGGAAGUUUGCUUUUAAUUCCGAAUAAUUAGUCCUAUAAAACAGCGUGCAAGCGGGCAACUUGUUUUCCAAUAUAACAACUAAUUCGGAUGAAAUAUUUUUCUGUAUCUGCCAUUUAGGAUUGAGUAACAAUAUGCGUAUUACACAGGCAAAUUUUCGUUAUCGAAGCACAGUCAAAAUGACUACUCAACUAGGAACAUUACAGCUGCAUUCAGACUUGUUUAUGGAAGAAAUAAAAUGCUAAUGUUUACACGUAUAUUUUGAAAAAAUUAAAACUUAACUGCAUGUAUGUAUUUAAUUAAGAUGUUUAUUUGUCAAUAAAAUUAAAAUCGUAUUUACGUUAUAUUAUUUCUUUCCCUUUUCAAACCUUCUGAAAAAGCAUUGGAUAUAGUGACAAUAUAGACGUCAGACACAAGUACAAAGUAGUCCCAGAUAGUCUAUAUCAUUACGUCGAACUUCGGAUACGUCGACGCAAUUUUAACAGUCCCUUGAAUAUCGAGGUAACGGUAUUCGACUGUAGUACAAUAUCUACAAUAUUUUCAGUGACUAUAGUAAAAGUGUAUUGAUAGACAUACUACUCCUGCAGGAUAGCAUGUUUUUAUCAUUGUUUGAUUGUUUUGGUUCUCAUUCAUCCUUGAACUAAAAAAAAUUGUCAAUGAUAGGAAGUUAAGUGCAUACUGUAAUGUUAUACAAAAAUAUUUUCUGUAUUGAAACGCUUUAAUGAAGAAAAAUCAUAAUUAUCAAACAUGUUUGAGUUAUCAUGCGAGAUUUAUAUUAGAAAUUUGUAGUCCUGAAUGUGUGUUUAUGAGUGAAAGGUUAUAAUAGAUUAAUAGAACUGGUCUU